AUGAGAAAGCAGCAGUUGCGGGGGCGGAAGAUCCCGCUGCAGUACCGCACGCUAUUGGAGAUCGAGGAGAAAGUUGAUUUUGUCGUUUCGGAAGUGUUGCUUCGAAAGAUCGUGGCGUUUCUGAUCUUUCACGACAGUCGUGCACCACCAGCCGGCAGAAGUGGGGAAAACAUCCCUUCUGCACAAGAGGUAAGAGUAGUGGAAGGAGUUGAAGUUGAUCCAGACGCUGAUGAUCCAGACGCUGUCGUGGUUUCGAACAACGUAGAUGGAAACGAGGUGCAGUAUGCAUCCGCUAGUAUGAUUACGGGUCCUCCUCCUCGUCGCACUCGCGUGGAAGGAGAUCCAGAUCACCACGCCCAGCAGCCCACCAGCACAUCGACUACCUCGUCCGCGGCGCAUCUGUUGCAUCGCAAGAGGAGGCACCUUGUAAAGCUCCUAGAUCAUCAUCACCACAACAAGCACAACAAUAACCACCGAAACAACAGGACGAGAAGACAUGGGACGAUGAUGAAUAAAGGGAAGGACGGCUUGGAUGAAGCUGGUGAAGAAAACGGGGAGAGCCUCCACGAGCAGCAGGGAACAAGAAAGAAGACGAGUUUGUUUGAUAAGCAAGUGCGCGCGAUCUAUCAAAUGCAAAAAUGUCUGGGUCUGGAAACUUGUGAUGCUGGAUGGCGUCUCAUGAUGAGGCCACAAAUGCUGGCUCAGCAUGACAAGUUUCUGAGCUUCUAGGUGUUGCCUAUUGAUUCUGCAUGACAAACUGCGUUUCUGCAUCACAGAAAAAUGGAGCUCUUGAGUGACGUGCAUGACAGAUUUAAGAGUCAUGCCAGACAAGCAUGACAAACAUGAACUUUUCCAGACCCAGACAUUUUUGCAAUUGAUACGAUCUGUAAGAUGCUUUUCUUCGCCGAACGGCUGCAGCCACGGUAUUUAUCGCACGUGGUGGCGAAAAAGAAAGAGAAAACAAGUAAGGAUGAGCAUGUUCAAGCGGCUUCUACUUCUCAGAAGACUGGCGAACAACAUCGUGCGGGCGACGAUGAUAUUAAUCAGCUUACUACAGAUGACAACGUCCUCGUAGCGCCGGGCGAAGGCGAAAAGAAGUCAGGAUCCUCGCCAUCGGCAACCUUUCCACCAGCUGCUGGGCUGGAAGUAGUAAAUGGCGAGGGCAGCAAGAGAACGCAGCAAGACAAGCAGCAAGAAGGUGGACCUCUUGUAACAGCAAAGACAAAGAGACAGGAACCAACCGCAAAAAUAGAAGUUGACGCAGCGGCUAAAACUUCAGCUACAAAAGUUGCAGUUGUGAAAGCUGCCAAGGGGAAGGCCAAAGCAGUGGCGACUAGGAGAAAGCGCAGCAGCAGUAGUUCUUCGAGUUCCUCAAGCGGUUCCUCCUCCUCCUCUUCUGGAUCAAGUUCGUCAUCGUCCUCUUCUAGUGGCAGCAGUAGCUCUAGCUCCUCCAGCAGCGGAAGUAGUAGCUCUUCCUCCG